CGAAUUGAUUGAGUUACAGAAAAAGUUAACGAUUUAAUAAUUUCGUUCUUUUUUGUUCUGUUAUUUUAUUUGCAUCGAAUUGAUUGCGUUAAGAAAAAUUUAAACAGUUUUAUAAGUGAGUUCGUUGUUUAUUUGGUUAUUUUAUUUGUGUUUUAUAAGUGUUCAUUAAGUAAAUUUGGAUGAUAGAAAAUGAUAACGUUCGGGAAUAACAGACAUGGAUUACAAUUAUGUGUUCUAUUAUUGUGUGUUGUGUAUGUCGAAGCCAAAGUACCACCAGUCUAUUCUAAAGAGCUUGAGACGGACCUUCGACAAUGGUUGUUUGAUUCUUACGAAGUAAUGCAACGCCCGAUGAAGAAGAACGACGUCCGGGUAUCUUUAAAUCUGUUGUCACUUAAUUCAUUAGAUAUCAAAGAACAAAAACUGUCUAUAGCUGCUUAUUUUUCAAUUUCGUGGAAGGAUAUAAGGCUGGCAUGGAUUUCGAACGACACAUAUAGCAAUAUAAAGUUUAUGUUUAGUAAUGAAUUACAUGUUUGGAAGCCUCCGAUCAUCAUUGAAAAUUCAGUUGAUGACAUUGAUGUUAUUUCAAGGCCAAGUGUUCCCAUGAGAAUUAUUAGCAUUGGUAAAAUAGUAUGGCUACCAGCUGGAAUUUUCACCACACAUUGUCAGAGUUCUGUCACAUACUGGCCGUUGGAUACACAGACUUGUGACGUCAUUCUCAGUUCAUGGUCAUACACUGCCAACGAAGUCAGUCUCGAUUUUGAUGACAAGCAAAUAGUAACGUCGUUUUAUCAAGAUGAGUUUCAAAAAGUUACAUGUGACGACGUUGAGAUUCACAAUGAAAAGAAGGUUGCUGUGGUAGAGGAUAUUGACACAAAUGACACAAAUGACAAGUAUCAUGCAUGGGACACUGAAGAGGAUAGUAUUGAAGAAGACGAGGAGCCAUACAGAAAACAGUUCACAUGGAAGGAGAUAGCGCUGAUGUUGGACAAAGUAACAAUGUACGUUUAUUUGGUCCUUGUGACAGGAUUCACCAUUGUUUCCAUGGCUGUUAUGAUGAAUCAUUUCUACAGGUUGUAUUAG